CUAACUGCUGGACUGAAAUCCAACACCUGCGGGACGUGACCCGCUUUCUUAAGUCGACGUACAAAGUUUUUUUGUUUUGAGUUUUCGGUGAGGGAGUCCUCUAGAGUUGCAACAGAGGCAUAGCAUGCCGACCGGAUUUGGGGAAAGUGUGACAAGCAGGUUUUCCAAAUAAGAGAAGAUGGUUAAUUUCCAGUUAUCACAUAUGUUUUCUGAUUCUGGAAAUGGCCAAAGUCUCCCUGAUUGUUUUAACCAAUCUAAAGGAAGCACUGUACUACAAGGGCUAAAUUUUGGAGGUGUCCCUGUUGUACUUCUGAUUGAUUUUGUAUGCUUCUGGGUUCUACUUUUAAUAUUUUCCAUCAUCAGGAAAAGGUUUUGGGAUUAUGGACGACUGGCACUAGUGUCAGAGAGCAAUGCACCGGAAGGAAGCCGUUACAAAAGGUUAUCCUCUUCUGUAUCGGUUGAAGAACCAGAAUAUGACAAAAACCUCUGCUCUUGGCUAGCUUUUGUUUUUCAAAUGAAUAAAGAAAAAAUUCAAGAAAGAUGUGGCAUUGAUGCUGUGCACUACCUGAACUUCCAAAGACACCUUAUAUUUUUGUUGGUGAUUUUCAGUAUUUUGUCAGUGGCUGUUAUCUUGCCAGUAAACCUCUCUGGAAAGUUGUUAGAAAAGAGCCCCUUUAACUUUGGAAGAACAACAAUUGGAAACUUAGCAAGUAGGAAUAAUCUUCUGUGGCUUCACACCGUGUUUGCAGUAUUGUAUCUUAUUGCAACUUUUCUAGCACUGAAUCGGCACAAAUCACAAAUGGAUCAUAAAGAAAUGCACCAAAAGUCUUAUACCUUAUUUAUAACAUCAGUGCCAAAGCAAACAAAUAAGGACAUGAUUUUCAGACAUAUAAGUGAAGCUUACCCAUCAGUUAUCAUUGUAAAAAUUGAUCUUUGCUACGAUGCUGCUAAAUUGAUUUGCUUGUACCAAGGAAGGAAAAGAGCAAAACAAAAUUUAAUACAUUAUAGAAAACUGUUUGAAAAAGAAGGAAAACGUGCGUCUAUCAACCCACGACCCUGCUGCUGCUUCUCCAUGGGUUGCUGUAAACUGAUUGAUGCAAUUGAUUACUAUUCAGUCAGUGAAAGCAAGUUGGAAGAGGAAUAUGACAAGGAAAGAAACAAUGUAACCUCAAAGCCAUUGGGCAUGGCUUUUGUUACUUUACAGAAUGAAGCAAUGGCAAAUCUCAUUCUUCAAGACUUUAAUGCAAUAACUUGCAAUGGCUGCGAAUGCAGGCAUCACCCAAACCCUUCUACUGUUAGCCAGGAACUGCAAGUUAACAAGUGGUCUGUAACAUAUGAGCCUGAUCCUCACAAUAUCUAUUGGGAGAAUAUCUCUAUCCAAGGAAUUACAUGGUGGAGCAGGUACCUGGGUGUGAAUUUUGUCCUCUUUUUAUUGCUCUUCUUUCUCACCACUCCUUCUAUCAUCAUCAGUACUAUGGACAAAUUCAAUGUUACUUUGCCUAUUUACUACCUGCAUAAUGCCGUAAUAAGUCAGUUUUUUCCUACACUUCUCCUGUGGAUGUUUUCUGCUCUUCUUCCAACAAUUGUAUACUAUUCAACAAUACUUGAGUCACACUGGACAAGGUCAAAUGAAAAUCAAGCCAUGAUGAACAAGCUGUAUUUUUUCCUUUUAUUUAUGGUGCUUAUUCUUCCAUCCCUGGGCUUUACUAGUUUGGACUACUUUUUUAGGUGGUUAUUUGAUACAAAAUUUUUGGACAAUGCUAAAGUAAGAUUUGAAUGCGUGUUCCUGCCAGAUCAGGGUGCUUUCUUUGUGAAUUAUGUGAUUGCCUCUGCCUUUAUUGGCACUGGAAUGGAACUGCUCCGUCUCCCAAGCUUAUUUCUCUACCUUAUCAGGAUGGCUGUGGCACGAUCUGCAGCAGAACGAAAAUAUGUGAAGCAUCACCAGGCCUAUGAAUUUGAAUAUGGAGCAAUGUAUGCCUGGACACUAUGUACAUUUACCGUAAUUGUAGCUUAUAGCAUCACCUGCCCUGUCAUUGUGCCAUUUGGACUGAUAUACAUGCUGCUGAAACAUCUUGUGGACAAGCAUAAUCUUUACUUUGCAUAUCUGCCUGCUAAACUAGACAAGAAGAUCCACUAUGGUGCUAUAAAGCAGGCUAUGGCAGCACCUAUUAUUUGUCUCUUUUGGCUUUAUUUUUUCUCCGUUAUCAGAUCAGGAUUUUUGGCAUCCACAUCUCUCUUCACUUUUAUCGUUCUCUGUAUUGUUAUUUUUCUUGCCUUGAGCUACACUUGUUUUGAAAAUUUUAAGUACCUCAGUCCACAUAAUUAUGAGGUGAAGGAAAGCUCAGACAAAGAAGAUAUGUCGGAUGGAAAUUGUAAAGAUGCUAUAUAUGCUCCAGAGGUUCUACAUAAACCUAACGAGACUACGCCAUUAGAUCAUCAAGGCCAAACCUCUUAUGGAACUACAGAGGGAAACCCCAGUUCAGCAUUGGAUAAAGAUGAAGCUUACUUGUUAGAAUAAAGAAACCCUAAAAAGUAAUAUCAAUUUACUGUCCAUUCAUGGGGAUUUCUUGGUAGUGGGCUGAACGUGGCCUGUGAUGCUGUAAAAGACUGUUAACAUGAGGUGAUAAUUUCCAACACUAAUUCUGACUGAAUGUUGCUAGCAGAUAAGAAUUAGCAGUGAAAUGGUAGGGCUAAUUUUAAGCACCAUUAAAUUAGUAUAGUUUUUUCUCUAUGAACAAUUAAUGCUUUUAAAUUUGUAAAAUAUAUUUUUCUACUUUUUAUGCACUAAAGCCCAAAAUGUAUACUAAAAGCAUUAUGUAAGACACAAAUGAAGUCCUGUGUAAAUAUGUAAAAGUAAAUUAGAAAUAUCAUUGUGACAGAUUUUUUCAAAGUCAAUAUAAAGAUGUUCUAUCAGAUGUAUUUACACAAGAGAAAUAAAUGUUAAAUUAAAUAUGACAGAAGGAAUUUUAAAGUUUACAAUGUAUUUAUUUACUGGUUCUACUGUUGCAUAACUCAAAGAGGAAAUGAAUGACUACGGUUUUUUGUUUUUAUUUUAUUUUAAGUUUUAUUUUACCAAAGUGGCUGGAGUAAUCAUGUUGCUCUCCUUUUUGGAGAAUUGUGAUGAAAAUGUGUCACAGUCAUUUGUAAAAUUUAAUAACAAAAAAGGAAAACCUGGUGUAGUGAAGCAUAUGGAAGUUAUUUC